AUGCAUAGAAAAUGGAAAGAGCUGGGCAAAGUUACGGCUACAGGAAAGACUGAUGUCUGUCCUGGCAUACGUAAACACCUCCAUGUUUGUGUCAAGCGGAGGUCUAGCCACCAGACAAGCCGCCUAAACCCAGCUGUGAUGGAUCGAUAUCAGGCACCAGAUCGUCUAUCGCGAAUGGAAUUUCGGCGAGGCAAUUUUGACCAUGGCGUACGACGCUCCCUUUCUCUUGAUGCUCAAGGUCGUGGGGUGAUUGGUCACCUCUAUGACAAUCACAGUUUAGGCGGUGAAAGUUUUAGCGACAGCGAUGAUGGUGAUGGAAAUGAUCAGCGCUGUCUGAGUCCACUGCCUUGCCGCGAGGGUUGUAAUGACCUCCUCACCAAAUUGAUGUCCCCCAUGAUCAACUCCAUCGCGGUGGAUCUAUCAGUCUCGUUGAGUAGGGAUGAGGCUCUGCUACUCACUGAACCUCCAUCAGUGGAACCGUGGAAUGAGUCGAUAGCGGCUAAGCAGGUUGCUCCAGUUGACUACAAACAGGCUGCCUACGCUGCAAGGAAAAGUGUUAGAGAACUUUAUGGCAAACCAAGUUGGUGGGGUGAUGAUGAUUUAGAGGACGAGAGACUGGGAGGGAAGAGUGAGAAAUCCCCAUCCCACCCGCUUUCAGCCCAACCGUCGCGUAAAAUGUCCUUCAAUGACCUACGGCCGGACAGCCCCACUGGACAAGGAAGCCUCUUCGUUUCAGUCACCCCACGACGCCAGGCCGAGGCUUUCACUAUCGACUUGGCUGAUGGAGGGAAUAGCAGUGCUGCAGGAAGUGUCUGUGUACCAGAAAGACUGCGUCGGGCACUUCAGGAGAGGCAUCAAUUGCCACGGAAACACUCGGUGCCUACAGCGCAACAAUUUACUGCACCCGCUACUAAGAAGGCCCCACCUCGACAGACUACAGAUCAGUCACUGGUUUCCAGACAGCCUGUCAAAGGCAAUCAGGUGGGUGUCUUGAGGACAACCUCACAUCCAAAAACAAAACCCUCGAACAACAAUCGACCUCCGAUCACCUCACCAGCUGUGUCAUCAAAAAAUGUUGCCAAACGGACCACCAACACCACCCCCGCCACCGCACCUAAGACCACCAAAACACUGGGAAUGAAAAAGGCCCCACCACGAAAAGGGUCCACAAAACUCUCGCCUCGUGAUCCACCCAAUCCACUGACCCAACGCAAUCGUAUCCCUCUUCGACAAGUACCUUCAAAGACUACAUCAACACCAAACGAUGCGCGAAAACCCGCAACUAGCCGGGCGGAGCUUUCUCGGCCUUCACAAAGUCCUUCCGCAUCUCCACCAGUUGUGAAAGCCUCUGAACGCAUUCCACUUCCGGGUACGCCUCUCGGCGCUACAGUUCAGUCAAGCCGAGUUCCACUGAAACGUGGCCUCACACCCAUUUCAACGGAGAAUGGUGUAAAACGACUUGUAGGUAGUCCGCUUCAGCAUCGCAUCACGGCGUCAGUGAAAGCAUCCGGACGACAGACCACCCCCACGCGGACUGCAGUUUCGGAGGAGAAGAGAAUUCCAUCAGCGACGCCAAAUGCUCCUCGUCUUACAAAAGUUCCAGCCGCUUCAGGUUCGCGAGGGACCGUGCUAACCCCGAGACCGAAGUCCUCACGUCCUCUAUUCAACAGCAUAAAGAAGCCAAUUACAACAACCAAUACUACUACCACCGGUAGCUCUACUAUCUGUCUGCCAACAAAACCUGUGCUCGGUGGGAGUACGAUCUGUGAUCCCGUGAUCCAGGAGAUCUGGUCCUACAAGGAUGCUAAGGAGUAUGUGAUGGAGAAGAUGUUUCAGGGCAUCAGUGCUACCUACACCGCUGUGGCAGCUGCCAAAUGCACCACCCAAGCAGUGUUUGAGGAGUUUAAGGUGGCAGCAGCCGCGGCAGCUGCAUCUCCAUCGGCACCUGCGGAUCCAUUUGUGCCAACUGCAAAAGCGAAGCCGGCGAUUGUGUGCACGCCGGAGGAGAGAAAGGAGUUGGAAUUGUUCGAGAAGGUGGAAGCUGAGGUUAAUAAAUUUGGAGAGGAUGAAGAGGAAGCAUUGGCACAAGCUCUCAGUCCCUUGGUGGAGGACUUCAGUAAAACGUGGAUCCGAGGCAAAAAUGUCAACAAAUCAGCAGAUUUCUCUCAUCCUCCGAUUGACAAACUCCCCGUCGUCGGUGCCUCAACAGAGGAAAAUCUCGCGACACAAACACUGAGUAAUGCUGCUUCCACGGUGACGCUGGAGAAUCCUAUGACCCAUCCUGAGGAUCAUGCAAUUGACCCAAACACUCUUCAGACCGCUGUAUCAGUUCAGAGUAUCGCGGAAACCUAUGUUCUCGAUGCUAAUGGCACAUUGGCCGCUGAGGGUAUUCCACCUGUUGUAAUAUACGAUUCCGUGGAGAAGUUGUUAAACGAGGUCCGAGGGGAAACAAGUAUCAUGGAGACCUCAAACACCUGCACAAUCCCCUAUCAAGGCACCAUGACAUCGAGAAGUGGUAGCCCAAAGGCUGAUGAGGCGGAGGCUGAAGAGGAGGAAGGAGAGGCAGAAGCACUGCAGCGGUUUGAAGAAGAAAUCAACGAGGAUUUCAGAGCUGAAGUGGACUCUCUCUCCAGUGAUGAUGAGCGCUUUUGUUUUUUCCCCACUAGUGACCUUGGCAGAGCCAAUAGGCGCGCUCGGAGUGAGGGGUGUGAGAAGGCCAAUGAAAAUGUUGGUGGGAGACCAUUUGUUAGGUUUGAAGGUGGCUUAAUGCAGGCGACGUGUCGUCGUCUGCUGUGCGCAGCACCAAAACCCCUCCUCCUCCCCAAUCAGCAGAUACUUUCACAUCUUAAGGAUGGACAAAAGAUUUGUGGAGAGAAACAGGAUCUAGAGGCAAAAUCCAACAGCAGUGGUGGUAGAACUCCACUGGGUGGAUCGAGGCGUCAGGGGCCUCCCGCGAUACCGGAGUACCUGGCAAAAACACCCUGUUGGUUGGAGAAGCGAGAAGGAUCAAAGGGAAUCUUAGAUCAACUGCGUGUUGAAAAGUCUUGGGCUUUUCCUCAUAAAUCGGAUGGUGCCAAGAAAGGCAGCUGCUAUUGUUUGAACCCCAUUCUACUCUCCAAACUGUCGUUGUACGUGAUUAUCUACUGCCCAGAAAAGGCUAUGAUCACCUGGAGCAAGGAGAAAUCUGGAGGCCAAGUCAUCACUCAAAACCAAAUUUCACCGACAGGCGUUCGGCCCUACCAAUCCAUCGAUUCUGGUGUAGUUGAUGCCGAACCGCAUUCGGCUGUCUUUCCUUUGACCAACACCGCUUCCACCACCACCAACAGCGCCGCCGCCACCCCUGUCGCCACCUUCAAGGUAUUACCCUCCAAUCCUCCCAACCUUCAAGGUCGAAUUUUCCCUGUCGAAGAUUCCUGUGGCUUUUUGAAUGCAUCUGCCUCCCCUUCCACCUCUUCAUCAUCCUCUUCUUCCUCCUCUCCCCUCAUUGAUCACUUGAAAGAGGAGUUUCUUCAACCCGAGAUCGUCCCGAAACCCAAUCUUAUCCGUGCUCCAAUUCAACCGUCAGCUGGUCUGGAAAUGCGAGGUCCGACAAGUAGUCAGCAAGCCCAGUCUACUACAACUCGUCGCUCCUGGAAUCCGGAGAACAAUCUACUAGAAGUGACGUGGAGUCAGUUACGGCGGCAUGCUAGUCGAUGCUCCAUCCAAUCGGAGUAUGGAGAGAAUGGAAGAGCACAGGGUUCCGGAUAUCAUCGUCGUCAUCGUUAUCCUUCGGUUCAGUACUCCAUACGAGAAAAAAAACGCACCUCAGACGCAGUCUACCCUUUUGCGGGACAACAGGUGCCCAUUAUUCGAUCAACGCGUAGCACUGCCAGUCUGGACACUGCGUUAUUGUUGAGGGAUUCACAAGAAGCACUGAACGAAAUAGCCCGACGUAUCUACAGACAGCCUACUCACCCAACAGUGCCAGCAACACCGAUUCAACUGCCACAAUUGCAAAGUCUAUCUACCUACCUAACCCAUCGGUAUGGUGAGACAAGUGUGAAAAGAAGCCCAGUGAAUGAGAAAUUUUGCUCUCCGUCCCCUCCUCCUCCACCACCACCACCCACUCAGCCCACAAUUAGUGACCUCUACAGCCAAUCAAUGGACCGCUCAUCGAUGCCAGGCAAAUCAGCCAACCGCUAUGAAGUGAUUCACCCCACACGCUAUUUCUUCGCAUCUAAUCAGAAUCAAGGCCCGAGUGAGACUCGACAAUCAAUUUCCACUGCUCCUUAUUCGCCUCCAAUUUCAGCACCACCAAUAUCCCCUGUAUCGAUUGCUUCAGCUACGGAACCGGGCCAUCCGUUUCGUGGUGGCCGAAGACCUACCAAUUCAAAUCGUUACACAGUUCGUCGGCAUUCCCUACGAAACGCAAAUCAUCAACGUGUUGACAGUCCCACUCCUAAUGAUCUCUUCCCUACUGAGCAUUCAAACAACACCCUCACUCGCGCACCACCUAGUCAUCUCGCCACCAAGGUUGUAACCGAGGUCAAGGUCAUGUCAUCUCGACCAACGGGGAUAAGUGUUACCUCCACUGUGCCACCUAUGGUGCUUCAACGACGACCCGAAGCCGAGUCGAAGCAUUGCUCCGUGGUCGCUAUAACGCCCAUUUUGCGUGGAAACCGACCUUCAGGGACCCCUGGCGAUGCCACGAUGACAGGAAAUUCGUCCUCUAUAAAAGUCUCGUCAACAGAGGAAUCAUCAAGCGGUUCUGUCGGAGGCAUCGCAAAACCCGUGGCCCGUCGAUUUGACGCAGAUGAGGUGCUACGAGGCUCCGCUUUCUCAUCUGUCGCUGCCACCCGUGUCGCUCUUCGUCCCGCAGAGCUCCGCUCCACCGAUGUUGCAGAGCGGUGCCGUCGCUCGCUUUCCCUCGGUCCAGUCGGUGCUGGUGACGAGGUCGGUGGAAAUGAGAAUGAAAUUCAACCACCUCCUGAUCCCACUGACAAGUCCUAUGAAUCCCUACUUGCGGCCUCAAUCCUGCGUCUUUCUAAUCGCCUUCGUCGAUGUUCUGAUAAUCUCGCACAGCGAAUCGGUGCUCCCAGUUCGGAUGUCAUCUCUCCUGUCGCCCCAAGCAGCUGGAAAAGUGGUCUCAAAACCUCCACUUCUCUCCACCAAGAGCUCAAUGAUUCCCUCUCAAAUAUGCGCACUGUAGAGCAGCAUCUCCAAUAUAUGGAAAGCGUUUUAUUUGGAGGCGGUGCCAGUGGUGGUACAUGUGGACAAAGUAAAACUUCCACCGAGACGGAUUACCUUCAAGAAUUGGAGCGUAUCAACAACGAAUUAAGGGGCUUCGUGCCCAUUGGCGCAAGUGGUAGAGGAGGAGAAAGAGACGCUGGAACUGCAAUUUCUUUGGUCUCCACUGAAGCAACCGACUCCGGGGUUGAUGCCUCCAUGGGGAUAGAACGAGACGGUGAUGGAAAAGACGUUACUCCUACGGAUACUCCAAAUGGACGUGCUACCAGAAGUAGUGAACAAUCUGCCUUCCCCAAUGAAGACUUCUAUUGA